UUCCGUAACGAUCAAUCCUGCCUAAACCAGUUUUAUAGCUCGCAAUGCGAGCCUGGCAUAAAAAUUGUAAUACACAUACGCCGCAGCAAGCUAUAUGACUGCAGCUUUACGUUAAGAAAACCAUUUUUCGGUACGGUUGCGCGUUAUGCUGUAAAUUGUACUCCCUGCAAUUUGUUAUAAUGCUCGCCUCCAUGGAUUCUCCUUCCAUUAAGACAGCGAUAAUUCAACCACCGGAUUCCACAGUAUCUCCAUGUAGAGUACCUGCCGUGGCCAUACGUGAUGAUGCUGCGCGACACGACACUGGCAUUGUGUCGAAAGUGUGCGAUUUGAUGAAAAAGUGGGAAUGGAAAAUGAUGCGCGCUGUGAUGGACACUCACCGUAAAUGGCGACCACGGAAGUUUCUUACUGCGAGCAAGGAGGAGAAAUUGACAAACAGCAUCACUACAAAGGAAGAUUCCGAUUGUUGUUUCGGCCUGUGGUGCUGCGGGUUCGUUUUGUAUCUGGCGCUCUAUCUGGCCGUUCCCAUGUUUUUAUUCUUUCAUGCGGACUGGGCAAUUACUGCGACCGGGAAGCCAUGUCAACCGAACACAAACGGCCUGAUUUCGUUUUCGGGCGGAACGAUACCGGUCGAAAAAAACCCAGAGUUUCUUAAAAAGCAACCGGACACGAAUCCUUUCCUGAGAAUAAGGAUAGCAGACCUUGAAUAUUUCCCAUCAAAGUCGCUGAUGAACAGCACCGAUGAGGAGCAGCUGAACAAUGACAUUCACCAACAGGCACGGCAAGAAGAUUUCAUGAGGAAGUGGUGUUUUCAACUGCAGUGCGGUCUGGAUAUGACGGAACUCGGAUACUGUCCCCGCUCCAACAUAACCGGAUGGGCGGAACCGGAGAUGCGACAGCGCGGCUAUCAAGCAAUCCUUCUUGCUAUAAUGGCGGUGAUCUUGCUCAUUUUGAUGCUAGUCACUCGACCCUGCGACAACGACGACAAUGGAAACGCUAGAUUUUUUCGCGUUGUCAUUCUCAUCGCCCACACCGUGGUUGUCGGAUUUUCCAUCAAACUGUAUGCUGAGUUCUUUCAAGAUUAUCCGUGGAACGCGUUUGCGCCCAGUAUCAGCCCUCCCCGUGAUCCGGCAUCCAGAUGGCGCUCUCUAUCCUGAAGGAACUUCCUAAAUACCUAAAUCUUUUGGUAACCUGUCAACUAUCAAGCAUUCAAGUUUACUUCCGGGUUUCAUAAAUUAACUUGCAGUUGGUAGAGUUCAGAUGUUGAUUAUGUUCUCCGUAAAAUUGCAGCGACAAUACUCCAGCAUAAUUAUUAUUAUUAUCUCCCUGAAUCAGUCAACCCAUUCAUGGGACUUCGUCAAUGCAACUAUUAUACUUAUUUCAUUAACGCUUCGGCUUACAGUACUGACAAACUGCUUCGCUUAAAUCGAACCUUAGUGGUUGAUAUAAUUAUAUUAUGCAUAAACACUGGGUGGAUUUUUUUCUUGCCCGAACUAAAUUUAAUAGAUUUAAGCGGCAGACCAAAUGCAUAAUAAUAUUUUUUGACUUUGCGCAAGUUUUCGCGGAUUUGAUUUGAUAUUCGAGAAUGCGUGUUCCCGGUGCAACCUGUU